CACCUCGCAUAAACGAUAAAACGAGCCAAAAUAUCAAGUUUAGUGUGUAUUACUUUGAAACCAUAACCUCGGCCUUAACUGAUUUUUUGAGUAAGUAUAGAGAGUAAAAUGAACCUUUAUUGAAGUUUUUUGGUUAAAAAUAACUGGAAAUAGAAAAACAUCAGGUCAUCAUGUAAUUUAACUUGUUAUUAAACGUCUUUUAAUGUCGGAAAAUUUUAACCCAUUUAUCAUGUGUGUUUAGUAAAAUUUACCAACUCAUUAUUUGAAGAGUAAAAUUGGAAAAGGGAAGAAAGUGGAGGAUGUUAAUGAAAAUUACCCUUCUCAAUAUUAUUAAGUGAAAUUCGAAACAAACAACAUUUCUCACUUUUGCUCUUAUAAAGCGAUCAUAUAUAUGUGUCAAGCGACUCUCAGUCUUUUACCUUAAUCAGAAAAAAACAAACGCUAUCGAGAUCUUUGUAGUCACAACCACCGUGCCGGAAUGGAUAUUACCGGUUUUUGUUUUUCGUGGAAGAGAUAGCUGCAUGUUGUGAGGGCUUGAAGGCAUGGAUUCCAUCCAAUUAUGUGCUCACACACUGCUCAUCUUCAUGGAGGGAAUUCUCAAGAUUUUGCACCACCAGUUGAGGGUGUUGCGGGGGGAGGGACAGCAUAUGGCUGGACUGAUGGAGGCUUAUACAGUUCCAAUCUGCCCAAGGGAUUAAGUGACCUGUCAGAGGUUCAAACAGCUGAGCUAGUGCAUGUAUGGUGCAUGCCAAGCACUGCAAAUGUUGGAGCACAAGAGUUGCCUCGACAUUUGGAGCCUGUAAAUCUUCUGGCAGCUAGAAAUGAAAGAGAGAGUGUUCAAAUUGCUCUACGCCCAAAAGUUUCUUGGAGCAGUUCUGGUGGUGCAGGUACGGUACAGGUUCAAUGCACCGACUUAUCCUCCACCUCUGGUGAUCGCUUGGUUGCUGGACAGUCGAUAUUAUUGAGGAAAGUUGUGCCCAUACUAGGUGUCCCAGAUGCACUUGUGCCUUUGGAUCAUCCAAUUAGUCAGAUAAGCCUAGUGCCUGGAGAAACAAGUGCAAUAUGGGUUUCCAUAGACGUUCCAAGUGCACAGCCACCGGGGCAAUAUGAAGGAGAGUUCAUCAUCACUGCUAUAAAAGCAGGGGCAGAAUCUCAGUCACAAUGCUUCAACAAAGCUGAGAAGCAUGGAUUAUAUAUGGAACUAAGGAAUUGUCUAGACAUUGUGGAGCCUAUUGAAGGAAGAGCAUUGGAUGAAGUGGUAGAAAGAGUAAAAUCUGCAAGUACAUCUUUAAGAAGAGUUCUUCUGUCUCCAUCAUUUUCAGAGUUCUUUUCAGAUAAUGGGCCAGUUGAUAUGAUGGACGAAGAUGCCGUUUCAAAUCUCUCAGUUCGCAUUAAGAUUAGUUUGACCGUAUGGGAUUUCAGAGUUCCAAUAACUCCUUCAUUUCCUACUGUAUUUGGUAUAUCUGAUACAGUAAUUGAAGAUCGUUUUGGUGUUGAACAUGGAACUACUGAAUGGUAUGACGCAUUGGAACAGCAUUUUAAAUGGCUUCUUCAGUAUAGAAUAAGCCCAUACUUUUGCAGAUGGGGAGACAGCAUGCGUGUCUUUGCAUACACCUGCCCAUGGCCAGCUGAUCAUCCGAAAUCAGAUGAAUACCUGUCAGACCCAAGAUUAGCUGCAUAUGCUGUACCAUAUAGCCGAGCAGUCUCUUGUAAUGAUGCUGAGAAGGAUUACUUGCAGAAAGAAAUUGAGAUGUUGAGAACAAAGUCUCACUGGAAGAAAGCCUAUCUGUACUUGUGGGAUGAGCCUCUGAACUUGGAUCAUUAUAAUUCAGUUCGUAAUAUGGCUGGUGAGAUCCAUGCUUAUGCUCCUGAUGCCCGUAUAUUAACUACGUACUAUUGUGUGAGUGGGUGCUUGGUAAUCGAGACGAUCUGGUUAAAGACAUUAUCUCCGAGUUGCAGCCAGAGAAUGGAAUGGUGGCCAUAUGUGUGCCUUGGACCCUCUGAUCCUCAUCCAAAUUGGCAUCUGGGGAUGCGAGGUACCCAGCACCGAGCUGUCAUGUGGCGUGCAUGGAAAGAAGGUGGAACUGGAUUUUUAUACUGGGGUGCGAACUGCUAUGAGAAGGCUAUAUUUCCUAGCGCAGAGAUACGAUUUAGGCGCGGUCUACCCCCUGGUGAUGGUGUUUUAUUCUAUCCUGGUGAAGUGUUCUCGUCUUCACGUCAACCAAUUGCUUCACUUAGAUUGGAGCGCAUUCUCAGUGGCCUGCAGGACAUCGAGUACUUGAAGUUCUAUUCUUCAAGACAUGGGAGAGAUGAAGGGAUUGCUCUAUUGGAGAAGACCGGUGUGUAUCUAGGUCCCGAACGUUACACCUUGGAGCACCUGCCAAUUGAUCUGAUGCGGGGUGAGAUUUACAAGUCAUGCCAUGCCGGUAGUGAGUAGCUGUUACCUUUGCUCUGAGUUCAUUUGGUUCUUUUAUGGUACAUAUAAAUAUAUGUAGGAAUAUUUGUAUUAUGAAAAAAGUAAAAAAUAGCUGCGGAAAUUGUUUUCGACUUUUAAUACGUAGCCAGGCUCAUCUCCAUAUAGUACUAUAGUGGCAGUGCAGAGGCAAAAGUAAUUAGAAAAAGAUGGGACAUUUUGAGAA